AGGCUCAAUGAAAUGUCAGCAAAUGUCCAUUCUGCUCCGUCAUCUGAAAUGGGUCAGACUUCUCGAUCCUCCGCCCUGACUUUUGAAGAUUCAAGGAGUAAAGUAGCUGCCUUUCUAAAGCAGAGGCUUGCUCGUGUUAAAAUACACUACCAUGAGUUCCUUGCGGAACUCACCUAUCUUCAGGGUGGGGGAUUACUUACUGAAUUUGAGCUCUGGCGACGUGAUCGUCCGCAGGAUCUCAUGCAUGCUCUUUUUUCCGGUCAUCUUGACGGCGAUGAUCUUAACGCUAUCAGUGCUUUUAUGUCUGGUCAUUUGCCAAUGCAUGAAAUGUUCCCAGUUCAUAUAGACAGCUCACAAGCUGAUGACGUGGACGAUGACUCUGAUGAGGAUUUUGAGAGGAUCGUGGAUGAGUCAGCGAUACCCUUUCUUGUGCGGAAGGAGGUGGAGACUCUCAAACGAGUACUCGAGUUUAAACGAUUAGGUUUGUGGUCACGGGACUCGGCCUCAUUUUCUGGUGACGAUAAGCAGCGUUAUUCUGAUACAAAGCCCUCACUUUCAUCAUUGGCUCCACCACCAGAACUAACUCGUCCAAAGGACCAUCUAGACUACAUGUUUGCCGAGAUGCGAUGGCUUGCUGAGGAUUUCAAAAAGGAGCGACACUGGAAGAAAGUUACUGCCAAGAAGCUCGCUUAUGCAGCACUCAAGGUCUAUAAAGAAAAAGCGGAGCGGUCGCUCAAGGCUGAACGGGAAGAGGCUGCUCGCAUACGAAAACAGUGUGGUUUGAUCGCCCGAAUGGUGCGGGAUUGGUGGCGGCAGAUGGACAAGAUUGUGCAAACUAAACAGAAAGCUCGUCUAACUGCACGCCAUCAGCAGGCCAUGUCGACUCACCUGGGUCAUGUGAUAGAAACUACUGAAAGGUAUACAAUGUGGCUCACAGAGGGUAUGGUUGGGGUCAAGCAGCAACCUACUAUUGAUCAGGAGGCCUCUGAUAGGGAAACUGGUAAGGAUGAAAAGACUGAAAACGCUGAAUCCCCCAAAGAAUCUGACGCUGAUUUCGUGGCUGAAGAAGAAGAAUCCACUGAUGAUGAAGAGACCAUUGCCGAGGAGGAGGAAAUGGCUCGUCGAGACGCAGGCUCGAAGGAGGAUGGAUCUUCGGAAGUGGCUGCGCUGUGUGCCGAAGCUGAGGUCUUAAUCGAUGACCUUCUUCCACCUGGAUAUAUUGAACAUCUUCGACGGCUUACUGAAGCUGGAGGUACGGCAACAAAUCAGGGAGCUGAUAAAGUUUCAUCGAAGGGUGAUGCUUUCCCGCGAAGAAAGAGGUGUCACCUGGACAGUCGUUUUAACACAGCGGCGGUGAGCUUCAUCGACGAUGGGACAUUAACGGAAAAAGCAGCAUAUGAGAAGACUAAAAACGACUUCAAAAACAACUACGACGAAAUCAAGGAUGAUGAUUACGGAGAAGAUGAUGAUGACGGACCAUCGCCAGGGAUGUCGAAAGAAGUGUCUCAGCUUGAGGCCGAAGCCGAUAUGUCGAUAGAAGAGCUGUUGGCUCGAUAUGGACUCAGGCCCGACCAGUUAACUCAAUGGAAGGACAAGAAGAAUAAUUUGGAGUCAACAUCCUCAUCCACUUCAAACACCAGAUCAGACACUGAUAAUGGUUCAAAUUGCGAAACCUCUGGUGACGAAUCCUCACUCGACGCAUCGUCAACCUUUGAAACCGAUGGGGACGAUGGGGAAACUGUAGAGGAGCUUGGACUGAAGCAAUUACUUUCGGACGAUGAGAAGGAGAAUCUGAAGGACGACCCAUCCAUGCCUGAUAAUCCGGAGCUAAAGGCGAUUGCCGACGUUGCCAUGAGUGCACAGCCCCAAGGCAACACACUAGCCUCAGUGGCAGAGCCAGUGAAGACGCCGUUCCUGUUAGCAGGGUCACUUCGGGAAUAUCAGGUGGUGGGGCUGAGUUGGCUAGUAGCCAUUUACCAAAAGCGCCUCAACGGUAUUCUCGCGGACGAGAUGGGUCUGGGAAAGACUAUUCAGACCAUUGCCUUACUUGCUUACUUAGCCUGUGAAUUGGGCAUCUGGGGACCGCAUCUCAUUGUUGUGCCCAAUUCUGUCAUCCUCAAUUGGGAGGUGGAAUUCAAGAAGUGGUGUCCCGGUUUCAAAAUUCUCACAUACUUUGGUUCUGCCAAGGAGCGUAAAGCCAAGCGAAAGGGAUGGACGAAGACUAAUGCAUUCCAUGUUUGCAUCACCUCAUAUCGCCUAGCAAUUCAGGACAGUUCAGCCUUUAAGCGAAAGAAGUGGAAGUACCUGAUUCUUGAUGAGGCUCAGAACAUCAAGAACUUUAAGUCUCAACGGUGGCAGACGUUACUUACUUUUAAUAGUCAGCGACGGCUCCUCUUGACCGGAACUCCUCUUCAGAAUUCUCUUAUGGAGCUUUGGUCUCUCAUGCACUUCCUUAUGCCGAAUAUCUUUCAGUCUCAUAGAGAAUUUCAGGAAUGGUUUGCAUCCCCUCUCACAGGCAUGAUCGAAGGAAAUAGCGAGUACAAUGAGCAACUUGUGAUGCGGUUGCACAAGGUCCUUCGACCCUUUCUUUUGCGUCGGUUGAAGGAGGACGUUGAGCGCCAGAUGCCAAAGAAGUACGAACACGUCAUCCUCUGCCGUCUUUCUAAACGCCAACGCUACCUCUACGAUGAUUUCAUGUCCCUCUCUACAACGAAGGAUACUUUGGCUUCGGGUCAAUUCCUCUCAGUCAUGAACAUUCUGAUGCAGUUACGCAAGGUUUGUAACCACCCAAAUCUCUUUGAACCACGACCCAUCACCUCACCCUUCCGCGUAGCCGAUGACGAGGUGCGAUUGGAGGUGCCACGUCUCGUGGCUCAGGCUUCACAGCCCUUCCUCGUGGCCUUUCAUCCCACCACACCCUCCGCGUGGACUCAGGCCCAGAGUCUUGAUUGGCUUGACCGUGCUGGUUCAGCUGCCCGCCUUCUUGGCCAGACGGCUACUCUGGCCGAAAUGGCUCGCGAUUUGCCUGCUUUUGUGGCGCGUCGGGUGCACCAACUACAGGCUAAACCUGGUCUCAUAUCUAUAGUGGAGACCUCGGAUCCGAUUGAUUUCGUUUCGAGGCAGCGCGAAUUUUUCAGUGAUCUGAAGAAACGCAAAGGACUGGAUAUGGACGAUUCCUCAGGUCGACGAUGUCAGCCUCCCAUCUUUUUGUCUCGUUCCGUUGUGCUCGAAGUAAACGAAGAGAUCGGUAAAUUAGCGGAUGGACACCAUCUUUCUGGAGUCAAGCCACCCUAUCCCAAUCUUCCCCGUCCCGUUCUCAAGGGAGCUUCAUACAUUCUAGCCCAUUGUCGUCCCAAUCCUUGGGAUGCGGGCAUUCCUAAAUCUGUGCUUCGAUCACGUCACAUCGAACGACAACACCGUCUCUCCCUUCUGACUCGUGUGAACGAACGUCGCUGUGCCAAUCCGUACGACAUCCCCACCUUUGAGACCACUUCUAUGCCAACUUCUGACCUAGUUUACUUUCUUACAUCUGCCAUCAUCCGCCGGCCCGUCAAGACGCCCAAUCGAUUCGCCACCGGUGCUUGGAUUGCCUGUCAAAGUGCUCUUCGAACAUGGCCCGAUAAACGAGCCUGCGAUGAUUCCGAUGGUCCUCCCACCUAUCUCCGUCAUCCUACUUGCGUUGUCAGUGGUCUUGGCUCUUCUGGUUUACAGGUAUCUGAAUUAGAACGCUUGCAGGCGUUCUACGGUCCUGAAGCUGCUUUCCCUGUUCGUAUGGGGUAUCCCCAAGCCCUCCGACAGUUACUCUUCAGUUCGGCUGAUUGUCUGGAAUACUUCUCUACUUAUUUCGAAAAGUUUCUUAUCACUACUCCAUCAGCGAUCUCAUCAGGUGUUCGUCUUCACACCUCGUGUGCGGAUGUUCACCGCACCGAAAUGCAGCAAGAGAAGGUGGUUGAAGACAUCUUACAACCUUUCCUCGAGGCGGCGAGAGUAUUCAAGCACUGUUCUGUCCAAAGAAGGAGCUCCACAUUGGUCAAAUUACACUGUGCCUGCAACAGCCUCACUUUUCGCUCUUGGUUGAUGCCUGCUCAGCUGCAUCGAGUGUGUAACAGCCAUUUGUUCCAGUUUCCAGACCCAAGACUUAUUCAAUACGACUGCGGAAAACUACAGCGUCUGGAUUUGUUACUGCGGGAGCUCUAUGCAGAUGAGCAUCGAGUACUGAUAUUCACACAAAUGGCGCGCAUGUUAGACAUUUUGGAGCAGUUCCUGGCUUACCAUGGUUACCGGUACUUGCGGCUGGACGGUGCAACGAAAGUUGAACAGCGUCAAAUCCUCAUGGAACGCUUUAACAUGGAUUCGCGCAUAUUUGUCUUCAUUCUUUCCACUCGAUCUGGUGGUCUCGGUGUUAAUUUGACCGGUGCGGAUACUGUCAUCUUUUACGAUUCAGAUUGGAACCCUACGAUGGAUGCGCAAGCUCAGGACAGAUGUCACAGAAUUGGUCAGACGCGUGAUGUGCACAUCUAUCGUCUCAUUAGUGAGCGCACUGUAGAGGAAAAUAUUCUUCGUAAAGCCAACCAAAAGCGUCUUUUAAGCGAUGUGGCCAUCGAGGGGGGCAAAUUUACUACGGCAUUCUUCAAACAAAGCAUCAUCUCUGAUCUUUUUGCUGAGCCUUCCGGCCUUAUGGUAUACAUUGCUUCUUUGAAUGACUAUCCUUUUUUGCUACUAGAUUUACUCCAAGACAAGGAAGAGAGGGAAGCAGCAAAGGCAAAUAAGACAGCCGAUGUUGAAGCAAAGAUUAUGGAGAAAAGUGGGGCUCAGUCUCCUCCCUCACCCCCUCUCCUGGUCACUCGCAGUGGGCGUCAAAUUCGGUGGAAGGGAGCCACUUCAAUUCUUCUCAACGCCAAACUGCAGUCCUCCACAGCUGCAUCAGACUCCAACCAAGCUGCCAUCACGGAUUCUCAGUGGGUCGCCGCACUGGACGCCUGUGAAGACGAUGAAAAUGAUCGUGCGGCUGCUAAGCGCGCUCUUGAUGAAGUCAAGGCUGAUUUGGAGGAGUUUGACGAAUCCAAACCUAUCGAAGGUGCGACGUCUGGAGACGGAGAUGUGAAGGCAUCAGGCACUGAUGACGCGGCUCUCUCCAUUGAGGGUUCUACUUCCGAUCCGCUGGCUCGUUUUGCUAAGAAACGGCAGCAGGAGGCUAACGCUGCAGAUUCUAACGAAUUCGUCGUCUCAGAUGCACUUACUCCAGAGGCCAUGGUCGAACGCGAACUGGCUGAAUUUGAGUCUCUCCUUCGGCCUAUCGAACGUUUUGGUGUCAACCAUCUGGAGAGCUUUCAGGACGAUACACUGAAUCUAGAAUUGGAGCAGUUUGAGGCACAAAUCGAAGAAUCUAAGAAAGAGUGGAAGUUGAACACCCUAAAAGCUCUCCACGAAGCAGAUGAAGAGCGAGCAGAGCUGGAAGAGGAUGAGAUUCUCUACUGUGAUCCGGACUACGAUCCGGAGGCCGCUCGUCUGGCGGAAUUGGAUGAACUGGAGAGGGCAGAAGAGAUGGAAGAGAUGAUAGGACGUGGUAUGAGAGGUCGACGAUGUCGUGGUGGUGGCCACUUCCGCGGACGCGGACCUCGUAUCCGUGGUGGAGCCACGUCCAUUGGGCGGGGUGCCUCGCGCCGUAUAGACAAUGAGCGCUCGACUAUCCAGAGUCGAGACAGCGAUGCUAGCUCUUCCACUACUACUCAAUUUCGUCUUCAUCAGCCAUCAGAUAACGAGGAGGCUUCAGUGGACAGAGCGGCGUGGUUCCAUGCGCGAUACCGCGAGAAUACCGGAGGUCGUAGACGGCUGGCCAUCCCGGACUACGUGGACUGGGAUGAAGAAGAGGAAGAGGAUGAACCGGAGGCCACUGAUAUCUGGUCUCCGUCUCCUGUUUCCAGUCGUCGAGACUUCUCCAUUGCCUCUGCCUUCGCUACAGCACCUCCACCAAAGCGAGGAAGAGGUCGUGGACGAGGUCGUGGGACUGGUAUUGGAAGUGGUAUUUCGACGAGAGGACGGCGACGUCUCCCCGAUUACUGGCGGCGUGAUGGUAGCGAAGUCGUUCCUGUGAAACGUAGACGGCGCUUUUCUUCAUCCCUGUACGCUGACGAUGUGGAAGACUCUGCCUCCACUUCAGUGCGCUCGGAUUCAAUGAUUUCUGUUGACAAUUAUUCAGUCGGAGCCAGGCAACGAGGACGACCGCCUACAAUAUUCCAGCCAUCUGGACGGCUGGAUUCUGAAAGUGUACGGCAUUCGGAUAGAAUCACUCCUAGCAUCAUUCGAUCGUCAAACCCUCGUCAUUAUUGUCGGCAGUAUGACGCUACCUACACCCUGCCAAGCUCCAAUUUUUCUUACUCUUCGUCCUCCGGAUCAACUGGUGUUCCUAGCCGAGGUUUACACCAACAACAAGUGAGUCCCACUGGAAUGCUUCAACACAACUCGAAGGUACUUAACAGCCUCAUGCAAACCGCUGUUGAACCCCGGAGCGAAACCUCCAUUUUCAAGCAGCCACCACUCCCAUCCCGCGAGGAGGAGGUUUUAAGCCGAUAUCAGCCAAUAUCCACACAAUACCAUCCGCGGGUAAGGUGCCAUACACCGCGGCAUCGUCUGAUGUUGAAUCCCCAACCUCGGGUCCAGUCCUUCUUCCGCCCUACUGUUGGAAUCCCUAUGCGUUCAGCUAACAUCGCCCCACCGCGACAAUACCAUCCUUCAUCUUUUUCACAAACUCAAUGCAUUCAAGAAGAGCCUACAGUUUCUGUGCAGACCCUCUCCAAUGGGGCGCACUCGGUGCAGCCGCUUCGACAAGUCCUUAGUGGUUCCUCAAGUCGACCUGUUUUUGUCAUUACGAGACAAUUGAAGACUCCUUCGGGAGAGAUUUACCAGCAGAGGAUCACGCAACCUGUUCAACCACCUACAAAGUACGUACAAGUCGUGCGCAGAGUUUCGCAAGCUUCGGCAGCGGUCGAGUCCCAACUUGCGAUGCCAUCAGCUCCACGUCCCGUCAUCCGCCUCAGUUCACCCCUCACCGGUGUAACCAGCGUCUCCACCUCGGCAACUGCCAAUACUACAAUAAACACAUCUACCGCUACAAACACUCCCUCCACUGCCGUUCUUCCGGGGAGAAAGAUCAUUCGGGUGGUUCGGUCCACCGCACCCAACGCGAUUCGCAUUUUGCCACCAAGAAUUCCACCCUAA